AUGCAGCUGAACUGUCGCGCCAUUGUAUCCUACGAGCCCAUGUCCAACGAAUCCUGGAACGCAAAGCUCCAGGAUGUAUCCAUCCGGGACAUCAGACCAGACGAAUGUCUGGUGGAGGUGGUGGCUAGUGGAAUCUGCCAUACCGAUCUGGGCAUCGCAUCGCGACCAGGCUCUGUUUUCCCUAGAGUCUUAGGGCACGAAGGUGCUGGGUAUAUACGAAAGAUCGGGUCCGAGCUUUGUGCAGCAGAAACGAACCUGAAAGAAGGAGAUCCCGUCCUCCUCUCCAUCGCAUUCUGCGGAUCCUGUCCAAGUUGCAGAUCCGGACACCCGUCGUACUGCUACGAUGCAUACGAGUUGAACUUUGCCCACCCAGGCAGCCACACCUACACGCAGGACCCUUCACUCCCCGUGGUUGGCGGGUUUUUCGGACAAUCGAGCCUCGGAAACCUUGCAGUGGUAAAUGCAAGCUGCAUUGUCAACCUAUCUGGGAUCGUCCAAUCACGAGAGGAACUGCAGUUGUUCGCUCCGCUGGGCUGCGGAUUCCAGACUGGGGCUGGGACCGUGUCGAAGCUGGGAAAGGCGCAGCCGGAGGAUGAUGUUGCUAUUAUUGGGCUUGGUGGAGUUGGACUUGCGGGCGUUAUGGCCGCAAAAAUUAUCGGCUGUCGACGCAUCAUCGCUGUCGACCGUAUCCCAGAACGCCUGGCUCUGGCGGCGGAACUGGGUGCUACUCAUGUAGUUCAUACAGGCGAACUAGCUACAAGUCUUCCAGAUGCUGUGAGAUUGGCAACAGACGGAAUAGGGCCCAGCCUUACUAUCGACACCACCGGGGCACUUCCGAUUAUCAAGGAAGCGUUGGAGAUGACCAGCGUGCUUGGCAGGAUGAUCCUAUUAGGAAUGUCAAAGGACUCUCUUGAGAUCGAUAUGACGAAAUUUAAACUGGCCGGAAGGUCUCUCCUUGGAAGCGUGCAAGGGGACGCCAUUCCGUCGAAGUACAUACCGCAAAUGAUCGCGUGGUAUCGAGAGGGCAAGUUCCCCAUUGAAAAGCUGGUCCGCUUCUACAAGCCGGAGGACCACGCGGUGGCUGUACAGGACAUGAAAGCAGGGACGGCGGUGAAGCCUAUAAUACUCUGGUAG